ACUAGCCACUCCCAAACCCCAUCUUCACGGCGACAUUGAAUACAAACAAACAAACGCGUGCCUCACACUCGCUCCCUCUCCAACACGCGCCACCCCAUCAUCUUCUAUAUUACUCACCAAAACGACAUCGUCAGGUCCAAUCAAACAAACAAACUUAUCAUAACCGUUUUUUUCCGGCGACUGGCGAUGGUGGAGCUAGGUCAAACCGAUACCGAAGUAUACGCGCCGAAGAAAACCUUACAAGUAUGGCGGACACUGUUGAACUGGUUAGCUUUCUUCUUUCAGAUCUUCGUUCAGAUCAUUAGAGCUACCCCUUCGUUGAUUAAUUAUUCGUAUUCUUCUUCGUCGCCGGAGUUUGAACCGUUGCCGGUUGUUGAGUUGUCUGAAUCUGCUCAAGCUCCGCCGCCGUACGCCGCCUCCGCUGUUCAUAUUCCGCCGGCUGGUGCUGACGUUGAGUAUGAUGUUUCGCAGAAGCUCACGGUGGUUCUGGAUUUGGAUGAAACUUUAGUAUGUGCGUAUGAAACUUCUAGUUUGCCUGCAAUUGUUCGUAAUCAAGCCAUAGAUGCAGGUUUGAAGUGGUUCGAGUUAGAAUGUGUAUCUUCUGAUAAGGAAUUUGAGGGCAAAGCGAAAGUCAACUAUGUGACGGUAUUUGAACGUCCUGGAUUGGAUGAAUUCCUUACCCAACUCAGUAAAUUUGCUGAUCUUGUGCUAUUUACCGCUGGCCUUGAAGGUUAUGCUAAGCCGCUUGUUGAUAGAAUAGAUGCUGAAAACAGGUUUGGUCGUAGACUUUAUCGGCCUUCAACAAGUUCAACGGAAUUCAGGGAACAUGUGAAGGAUCUUUCGUGUAUAUCAACGAACUUUUGCAGAAUUGUGAUUGUGGACAACAAUCCGUUCAGUUUCUUAUUGCAACCAGUCAACGGAAUCCCAUGCAUACCUUUUUCUGCUGGACAACCAUAUGAUGAUCAGCUUCUUGAGGUCCUUCUUCCCCUUUUAAAACAACUGUCACAGCAAGGGGAUGUAAGACCUGUGCUGUACGAAAAGUUCCACAUGCCUGAAUGGUUUCAUAAACACGGAAUCCCUACUUCCGGCUCGGCAACACAUGUUUAAAGUUAAAAAAAAGAACCAUCUGUACAGAGUAGAAUCCUUUUGUUCUUCAAUUUGAGGCACCUAAGCAUGUAAUCCUCACCGUCAAGAGCUUUCUUAUGACGAUGGUGUAAUUUUUGGAUUUAACGGGCCAGUUCGUUAAAAAGCCGCAGGUAGUCUCUGUACCAGGCAAGCAUAAUUUAUUAGUACCACAUUUUGUAUAGUGUUAAUCGCGUCAGGAAAUUAUUUAUUUACGGGUUCACUUGCUAUGAUCUGUAACACUCAUUUUGAACUACAUUUCUUGUGAUUUGGUGUAUAGUUCGCUUACAUUACGAUUCCAGUUUUUAAGUUC